AAUACACAAUUCUAACAAUUUCAAUAGGGCCUCCUGCUCGGGUCCCUAAUGAAUCCAGUUUGAUUUUAAAUCCUGACCCUAAACAGCAGCGGUCACCAGUGAAAAGUUCCAGCUGCCUCUCCAUUCAGCUGCCUCUGAGGAGAGUAGAACCGGGGGAAAGCGAAAGGAAGGCUCCAUAACCAGCUCGCAGGUCCCACCCACAGACCGGUCCCACCGACACACCGACCCACACCACCGGGAGACAGGCCCCGGGUCCAUCGCGUCCAGGCAGCGGCAGCAGGAGCUCAGCGGCGGCGGCAGCUCAGCGGACACAGCCAUGGCGAACAUCGCGGUCCAGCGGAUCAAGAGGGAGUUUAAAGAAGUUGUCAAAAGCGAGGAGACGAGUAAAAACCAGAUCAAGGUAGACUUGGUGGACGAGAACUUCACGGAGCUGCGGGGGGAGAUCGCAGGUCCUCCAGACACACCGUAUGAAGGUGGCAGAUAUCAGCUGGAAAUCAAAAUCCCAGAAACCUAUCCUUUUAAUCCACCAAAGGUGCGUUUCAUUAGUAAGAUCUGGCACCCGAAUAUCAGUUCUGUGACGGGAGCAAUAUGUCUGGACAUUUUAAAGGACCAGUGGGCCGCUGCCAUGACGCUGCGGACCGUGCUGCUGUCUCUACAGGCUCUACUGGCUGCGGCGGAACCAGACGACCCACAGGAUGCAGUGGUAGCCAAUCAGUUUAAGCAGAACCCAGAAAUGUUCAAACAGACUGCGAGACUGUGGUCUCACUUCUACGCUGGCGCUCCCGUCCCCAGUCCUGAAUACACCCGUAAAAUAGACAAACUCUGUGCCAUGGGCUUCGAUAAGAAUUCAGUAAUAGCGGCCUUGUCCUCAAAGUCCUGGGACGUGGAAGCGGCGACAGAGCUGCUCCUCAGCAAUUGAGAUCCAGCCAGGUGUGAGGAUCCCAAACAAACUCCUGUCUUUACAGCAUCAGCUUCUGCCCGGCACACUCCACCAUUGCCUUUUCUUUUUUUUGGAUUGCACAGACAACACCCUAUUUGCAACAGCAGUACUCUGAACCUACUUUUACAGCAAGUUUGUUCACUUACAAACUCAACACCGGUAGUAACACAAUCGCCAAGAUGCUCACCACACUGCUGCCUGUCUGAUCCCAUGUGUUCAGAUACAUCCACUCUUCCAUGCCCUUUAGUCAUAUCAGCUCUGAAGCAUCUUGAAAUUCCUUUUACACAAAUGUGUUUUCCAUAAUAUUGCAAAGAGUAACUGCCUCUUUUUCGGGGUAAAAGCGGAAGGAAAUCCUGCAUACUGCUCUCACAGUACAUCAACAUUUUAGUCCUUAGGCAGAAGUCAGAACUUGUUUGAAUAUUCUCUUAUGGACUUUAAAUACUGUAAAGGUCUAGCUGGAUGUAAAGUCACUUGACUGGAGAGUGUUCUGCACGGGCAGUGUAUCAGAUAUUUCCUGAGCAGUGUAUCAGAGAUGCUUCAAUCAUCGGCAGAAGUCUUGAAAGAUCCAACCCAGUCAUCCUCCGAUAUACACAGACAAAAAAAGUUAUCUGUAAAUAGACGCGUGUAAAUUUGAAAGUACAAUGGGGAUAUACUUCUUUUUCUUACAUGGCAUUGUAAAACAAAUUAUUUUAAAUAUGAACUAUGCCUAGUUUGCAGUUAUAUGGAAGAGAUAUCUUUUUAUGCUUUUGUGAACCAUGAGAAAUCCCUCUGUCUUGCUCUUUAAAGAUUGAUUUGAGGUGGCACAGCCAAACAUCCUGGCCCUAAUGGGACGGGAGGUAACAGCCAGCUCUGGCAGUAAAGGUCGUCAGGUGUCACCUUCUCUGCUACGCCACAAUCCAACCUUUUUGUUGAUCCUUUUUGUCAUCCUAGCAUGUUCUAUGCUGCCUUUGUAUUUAGUUUGGCUAUUUGAUAUCUCUCCUGCUCUGAACCGAUGCAUCCGACACACUACAAGAAGAAAUGUGUCCGAAUAUCAGGAAUGAUGAGUUUGCGAUGGUUUGUUUUUUUAGAGCAAUCAGUUUCAACAAUAGGCACAAAGUAAGAUUUUGCUCACCCCCUCAUCUGUAAGGGGGGAGAGCUUUGUCAUGAAUCACUCAAACAAAUCUAGGCCAUAUAUUGUGGCAAUAUAGGCAUCGCCCUAUAUUCCCAGACAUGCUUUAAAACACAGCCAAAUCAAGUACUCAAGGAGGGUUGUCUUUUACUGAUGUCCGAGUCGUACAAGAGGCUGGAACUCCUCUGUUCUGCACAGUAUUUUCACACAUAUUGGAUUUGAGGUAAAAGAACUGUAAAUUAAUGCAUAGUAUAGAAAAGUGGGGCGUUGGUGUUUCCCCACCGUUUUUUAUUUAAAAAGAAAAAUCACCUUUCUGCUUGACCUCCAGCUCAGUCCCUACAAACACAGCAGCAUACGACAGCUACACUUUGAGUUAAUCGUGCAAUCAUCUCAUUCGACGUCCAGUGUUUUCAGGCCAGAAACAAAAAAAAAUGGUUCACUGUCAAAGUAUAGAAUGCACACACCAUCUCCUUUUCCUUGUAAAUAGUCAGAUCCUUGAUAAAGAGCCGUCCCGUUAUCACUCGAGCGCACCAUCGAUGGCUGGAUCUAUAUUUUGUAAGAAAAAGAAAGGACAAAAAGAGGCCCCCCCCUCCCCGGUGUUCUCACUAUGUACAAUAUUGCACGAUGACGGCAUAAAAAAAAAGGGGGCUGUUGCAUCUCAGUUUCUCCAUUUGGAUUGAGACUUAUUUUCCUUUUUGUGUUUCCUUGGAAGCAAGCAUCAGCAGUAUAAAAAAAGCAUGGUUAUUUAUUGUGACGGUGUCAUGUUUCUUUGAUUAAAAAAGUGGAAAAUCAA